UCACUACUAGUCUCAAAAAGCAAAAUAAAUAACCAUAUCAUAUACCCACCACAUUUAUCCUUAGCCAUCCCUCCUUAUCUAUCUAUCCAUCAUAUUAUAAAUCUCAAAGCUCACAUCUAACAUUAUAACACCAUAUCUUACCAUUUUUUAACACAACCUUAUGGAUUGGUUCUCAUGGUUAUCCAAAACUACUCUUGACCCUUCCCUCAUCUAUGACUAUGGCCUCAUCUUUUCCCGCAACGAGCUUCAAUUACAAGAUGCAACUUAUUUCAACCAUGAGUUUCUUCAAAGCAUGGGAAUCUCUAUUGCCAAACAUAGGCUAGAGAUUCUCAAACUUGUCAAAAAAGAAGAACAAGAAGAAUCACUUAAACCAAAAAACCUCUCUAGAGUCAUCAAAAAGUAUAUCAAGAAAUGCAUGAACAAGUUUGUUUUUCGCGACGACGAAGAUGUUAAUAAAAAGGACAUGCCGGUACCAAUGCUAUUACAUGAACAAAAUUGGUAUCAAGGGAAAUGGAAAGGAGCAUUGAUGAAGAAACAUGUGAGUGAGGAACAUGUUAAAGAAGAGAAGCACGUUUCAAUGUAUAGAAGCAGAACAAUGCCAUAUUCAGGCCCAUUAGAUGGAAGAUUAAUGAAUGAGAAGAAAAUGGUGAACAAUAAGGCUUUGAAGUUAUCUGGGCCAAUUGAUGGAAGAUAUACAAAUAGAAGCCCAUUAAGAAAUAGGCCUGUUGAUGGAAGAUUCACAGGAACAACAACAAUAAAGAGUCCAAGAGUAUCUGGGCCUUUGGAUCCAAGAAUGUUGAUGCUUGAGAAUAGAAGUCCAAGAAGAAUUACAUCAAGGACUCCUGUUGAAACUGAUAGCCCAAUGGGUUAUACUAGUCCUUAUAAUAAGCCCAAAGGUGAUUUUGAUUAUGAUGAUGAACGCACACUAUGGCCUACACUGUUUCAAGAUCUCAACCCAACUUGAUUGUUUUUUUUGUCUUUGUUUUCUUGUAUGAUUCUAUGGUGAGUGACCAAAACAUUUUUUUUUAAUUAAUAGUUUUUAUAAUAGUAAAGUAGCAUCUAAGAGUAUGAAAUUAUUAUAUUGUUUUGCUGCUAAAAAACCUUUCUUUCUAGUUGUUCUCCAACUAUGUUUAUAUACUUAAUUUGUUUCAAUGAUUGCAGACAACGAUUAUGAAUCAAUUUGAUUAAUCUCUUCAUUUUCAAUGGAUUAUAGGACAUGGCAAAAAAUAAAAUGAUUUUCGGACAACAAAAUAUUGAUGU